CAUAGUGCAUUGCGCGGCUGUCGCCGGCCUGUGACGACACACCAGGAACCUUCAAGAAGGUGUUUACUGCACGUUGCGUCAGUGGUAAAGAAGCAUCGCAAAGGUGAUAUUAGAUAACAAACCAGCGGUGUUGAGUGAUGUGGGUCUCACGGCUGUGGUGUCUGCGGAGUGUCCCCGCACUGGGGCUCCGCUCGGCCCUGAGUCCGGCUCCUGGGGGCCUGAAAAAGACCAGUCCAGUCCUGAUCAGACCACAGCAGGGUUACUCCACCAGGACUAGACUGGGAUUCCGCCGGAGCAAGACUUCCAAAGAACAAGUUCAAGAAGCAGCUUUUGAACCUGCUACAAACACAGCCAUUAAAAUCGACAGCAUGGGCCGGAUCGUCCUCGCUGGAGGCGCAGCCGUCGGACUCGGAGCUCUGUGUUAUUAUGGUUUAGGGAUGUCCAAUGAGAUGGGAGCCAUCGAGAAAGCAGUGAUCUGGCCGCAGUAUGUGAAGGACAGGAUUCACUCCACAUACCUGUAUUUUGCGGGCAGCGUGGGUCUGACGGGGCUCUCGGCCGUCGCGGUCAGCAGGACACCGGCGCUCAUGGGACUCAUGAUGAGGGGAUCCUGGCUGGCUAUCGGUGCUACCUUUGCUGCUAUGAUCGGCGCCGGGAUGCUGGUGAGAUCGAUCUCGUAUGAACACAGUCCGAUGCCGAAACACCUGGCCUGGGCUCUACACGCAGGUGUGAUGGGUGCAGUCAUUGCUCCGUUAACUCUGCUGGGCGGCCCACUGAUGGUUCGAGCAGCCUGGUACACAGCAGGCAUUGUGGGUGGUCUGUCGACGGUGGCCAUGUGUGCCCCGAGUGAGAAGUUCCUGAGCAUGGGCGGCCCGCUGGCCGUGGGCUUCGGCGUGGUGUUCGCCUCGUCUCUGGGAUCCAUGUUUCUGCCCCCCACCUCGGCUUUCGGGGCCGGCCUGUACUCUGUGGCGGUUUAUGGAGGUCUGGUCCUGUUCAGCUUGUUUCUGCUGUAUGACACACAGAAAGUCAUCAAGCGUGCCGAGACACACCCUCUUUACGGAGUUCAGAAAUAUGACCCCAUUAAUGCGUGUAUGGGCAUUUACAUGGACACGCUCAACAUCUUCAUGCGACUGGUGAUGAUUCUAGCCAACGGCGGCGGAAACAGAAGGAAGUAGCCAGAAGGAGAUCAGAAGACAUGACACUGACUGGAGAAUAAAAAAUAGCUAAAUAAAGUUUC